CGACGAUGGCUAUUUCCAUAACUCAUUUCUUCUCCUUCUCCUCUUCAUCGCUCUAUCCGUCUCCAUAUUCAUCAGGAAAAUCGAGAAUCAUUCCCUUAAGAAACCUUCAUCUCCAUGGCAGACCGCCUUCAUCUCCAUCCUUUUCGAAACUAAACCGAGGGGUUCAAUUCAUAUAUCUAUCUCCUAUAACCGUCAACAGUCAGAGAAGUCACGUAUCAUCUCUCUCUGCCCACCAAGCUUCACCAACUAAUGGCGAAGAAACGAAUUCAAAGCACCCACCAGAUGUAAAAACCCUGAUUAAAGCUUAUAAACAAGCUCUCUUCAAUGGAGACCAACUCACCCUUACAGAAAUCGAAUUGUUUUUCUGCGAAAUCGAGAAGGAAAAGAAUAGAUUCGACCACAAGGUUUUAUCAUUAUCAAUGAAGAUAGCUUCAGAGAAGGACACGAAAAUUAGGUUGCAGGCUGAUUUUGACAAUACAAGGAAAAAGCUUGACAAGGAUCGGCUUAGCACAGAGUCGAACGCAAAAGUGCAAGUCAUGAAGAGUCUCUUGCCACUCAUUGAUAGUUUUGAGAGCGCUAGGCAACAGAUUAGACCCGAUACAGAAACGGAGAAGAAGAUCGAUACAAGUUAUCAGGGAAUUUACAGGCAAUUCGUUGAAGUGUUGAGACACCUUCGUGUUAAAGCCAUUCCAACUGUGGGCAAGCCAUUUGAUCCUUUGUUGCACGAGGCUAUUUCGCGUGAAAAAUCUGAGGCGGUUAAGGUAGGGAUGAUAACCGAGGAGCUUACCCGGGGUUUUUGUCUAGGAGAUCGGGUUCUGAGACCAGCAAAGGUUAAAGUCUCUCUAGGACCCAUCAAGAAGAAGACUGUUUCACCUGCUGACGAGACUACACCUUCUGCUUGAGCUGAUGUUUGGUAGUUCGUUUGCUGCUUAGAGGUGGUUUUACUCAUGGAUUUGAUCAGAAGCUUCAGGUUCUUGUCGUCUGUUUUGGUCUUUAACAAAUACGUUGGCUGAUGGUGAGAAGAAAGAUUAUACUUCCUCUCAGCCGGUGGUGAGAGCAAUCACUUUCCAGCAGGGACCAAGAGAGCCAUGCAAGAGCUAUGGAUGGAAGGAUUGUACAAGUAUCCAGAGAGGACAUAGCAUAUAUUGUUCAGUUGGCCAAUGGAGUAGACAACUUGUUUACGCAGCAACACAACAUCCCAGACAACAAUCCAACUGUUAUAGACGAAUAUCCAGAGGAUACAAUAACAUGAAUUGGUUCACACCAAAUGUGCAAACCUGUUAGUCAUGCAUCGAUCGACGAGGUUGCUUCUACAUCGAUCGACGAGGUUGCUUCUACAUCACUCGACAGAGUAACACCAACGUCGCUCGAUAAAGCACCUUCACCAUCGAUCGAUAGACGUUACGAAUGUGGACGUCACGCUUAUGACAGCUAUGGAGCUAGAAAGUUCAGAUGGGAAGAGAAGGACGAAUAUGGAGUCUACAGAGACGAGUCUGGACAUGCAAGGAGCACAGCUGGUGAUAUGAUUCGUGUUACCAAGGAUGACAUCAGGAAAAUUCUGGAGAGAGCAUCCCUAUUUGGAGAGGGUCACAUAUGUCUUCCAGAACAUGCCACUUCCUUCACACCUACAACACUGGCACCAAAGAUCUACACCAAAGAUGAAAUCAAUGAGAUGGUGACUGAUAUUUGUGGAACUCAGGAAAAGCUUGGAGAUGAACUCAAGACAUUGGUAGAUGACACUUAUCAGCAUUUGGACAGAGGUUACAAUGAGCUUUUCAGAUGUAUGGCAGAGUUAAGGACAGAGAUUGAGAGUAUGCAGCACAACCUUGAGAAAGAAGCUACGACAUUAACAUCGAUUGACGCCAACAAAGCACCAUCGAUCAACGUCAAGCCACAGACAUCCCAUGUUCCGGCAGAACCAGAAAGUUUGACAGAGAAGAAGGAUGAAUGGGAGAUCGCAUACAUUAACACGAGGAUUAACGACGUUUACAACCCUCUCAACAACAACGUGGACUGGUUGAGCAUGGGAAUCGAUCUGCUACAACAAGAAUUGGACACCAUUCGCAUGAAUGAUCCACAACCAGCCACAUCGAUUGAUAUUUUCAACAUCACAUUGAUCGACACAAGGUUCGCAGCAAUGGAGGAUAGGUUGAAAUCGUAUGAGGAUAUGCACGACCGUUUCACCUCACCUAUCAUGCGCUACUUGGACACCUUGUCUAUACAGAUGAUGAAUGUCCAGAAGGACAUUGGUAAGCUUAAUGAUCAAUAUAAUUUCCAGGAAGAAGGUUUAACAUCGAUCGAUAGGUUCCGCGGGACAUCGCUCGACGACAAAAAACCUACAGAACAUCUUCCCUACACAGCAGCAGAAGUUCAUCAGAUCACAUCAAAGCUUUACAAAGCUAUGGACACCUUGGAGGACCGACUUGAGAAGCGGUGUGAUGACAUCUACUUUCCAUUCGACGUCAAAAUCAGUGGACUAGAUAGCCAAGCAGAAUGGCUACAGAAGGAAGUCAAAGCCAUUCAAAGGCAACUCGCAUCUCAACACCAUAUAUCAGCAUCAAUCGACGGAGCACAUUCCAAAUCAAACGACAGUGCUACACCAGCAACGAUCGAUAGACACUUGGUCGCAUCGAUCGAUACCACGUCCAUACUAGACGGCACACAGCUGAUACCAAACCACAUGGAGGCAAUGCAGGAGCAACUGAACGAGCUAUCAGAAUACGCCUACAGCAAGAUAAGCUGGCAUCAGUUCAGCGUUGAAGACAUCCUAGAAAGGCUACAAAACAUCUCAAAUGCAGUACAAAAGAUGGAUGAGAUAUGGACCAGAAAUGAUGAGGCCACAAUAAGUUUCGUUGCAGCUUGGUCCAUAAUGUGCAGAGAUGAGGUGGAUGCUUGUUUCCCAACAAGUAGCUGUUUUUCCACCAACUAGCCACAUACCUCCAAAGUCAAGCUAAUUGACUAUAACAAAGCGCUGAGUGGGAGGCAACCCAUUAUUAGGUAAUUUUAAUUAGUUUUCUUAGUUAUUGGUAUUUACUUUCGUUUAUAUUCUUUCAGAUUUAUUGCAAGACCCAAGUAGGAUGAUUACCAAUCGAUGCAUACCUAUGCACAUCGAUCGAUUUCCACCCUGGUCAGGUUUAUCUUCCUAACUUGUUACAUUUGUACUUAUGAUUUAUUUCCACCAUAACUCCGACUGUGUUACACUGGGACAGUGUAAUUUAAGUCUGGGGGAAGGUUUACCGAUAUGAUUUAUUCUAAUUCUUAUAAAAAGAUUUUUUAUAAAUUAUGCUUAGCUAUAUGAAAGGGACUAUGAUUUUAUUACUUGAAUGUCUAACCACUCUUUAGCACCAUUCUAGAUUUACUGAUUGCAGAUAGUACUAAGAUGCUAAAGUGGAUCAACCUGUCAACUAUACACACUUGCAUUGAUUGUUUGAAGGAACCAAAGCUGACCUCCAAUACUAAACCUAACAUAACCGCUUUGUCUUGGGGCUUAGUAUACAUGAGAUCGGAUUCUUCAGACAAGUCUGUAUGCUAAAGCCUUAUGUAGAUUUAUUUAUCACAACUUUCUCUCUCUAUUUCGACCCUAGAGUUGUUAGUAUUAGUUACUAGCUUUUUUAAAAAAACAAAAUUCCCAAAAUUAUUAUUUAAAUAUGACUUAGGAUUUAGUUAGGUGGAAUCUGAACAGGACUUGGUGGCUAAAACCAUUAAGGCUUGCUUCAUAAAGAUUCCAAAUAAAGAAUUCGAACAUGACUUGGAGGCGGUAAUCUUCAAGGCUCGCUUCACAAAUAAUUCUUGGAUAUAGGUCAAAAAGAAGUGAACAGGGCUUGGUGGCAACCACCAUUAAGACUUGAUUCAUGGAAGCAUGUCCAAUCUUAGUCACUGAUCCUGCAAUGGAAGCAGACUUUGACUCAAGAGAGAAAUUAGAGAGAGAAAAAUUAUGAACUAACUUUUACCUGCAGUUCCACAUACUUGUAUGAAAAUCCUUGCAUCCUGUGAUCGAUACUCCCAAGGUAAAGCAUGCACUUUUAUAUUUAUGCUAAGAAAUGAGGUUAGUAGAGGGGAAUGUCAGACAUGAUUUCCUAAGUUGUAGACUAGUUGAACUUUGUUGCUAAGCUAGGAUAUUGCAUAAUGUGCUUUUGUGAUUAGGACUUUAGAUGUGGUUUGCGAAAUUGUAGAGGUGCUGAUUUCUAUGUUUGAUAUCUAUAAGUCCUUGUUGUUUUCAAACCUUUUUCAGAAAGACUGCCUGUUUUAUUUGCUUGAGGACAAACAAAAGGGUAAGUCUGAGGGAGAUGAUAUACCAUGCAUUUGACCCAUUUUCAUCCGUAGUAUAUAAGUAUUUUACUAUUUAUAUAACUAUAUAUUCUAUCUUAUUAGGUAUGUUUUCAGGUUAAGAAGUAUCUUGGAGUAAAGUGAUGACUAUGGAGCAUUUAGGAGCUUAAAUGAGUAUUCAUCCGAGCUGACCAUUAGAGGUCGAUACAAAGAAGACACAAUCGAUCGAUGCAUAUCCAGUGUCGUCGAUCGACACAGAAGAGAAGCCUCGACAAUUGAAGAUUGAGAUCGAUCGAUGUACAUCCUGUACCUUCGCUCGAGACGCGGAAUCAAGACUUGGUUACAGCCGACUUAAAACCCUGGACUUCACCAAAUUACAAGAUUACCCCUGACGAGUUUUUAACCUAAUAGAUAUAUACUUGCCUAAGUGUUAGGAAGCAAGAGAGCUUUUGGCCACCUUUGUAUUCUUAUUUUCAGUAGAGAGUUUUAGGAGAGAAGAUCAUAGAGAGAUUUGUGAUUGGAACUCCAUUGAUUCAUCUAUUCUAUUCUAUGCAGUUUUUAUUUA